ACACUUAGAGAGGAACAGAGAGGGAAAAAACUGAAAAAAAAAGAGCCUCAGGGAGAGCGAGCGCGCGCGAUGCGAUUGCGGUGGCGGCGGUGGUCAGGGUUGUUGAGCUCCCCUUCGACGGCGGCGCCGUCCAAUGCAACGAAGGAAGCGGUUUGCGGUGGUCGUUGAUGGCCCUGCAGAUGACUUGGCAGCCGAGUCUCCUGAGUCAGAAGCGCAAAACCGGUCCUCCGUUAGGGCUCCGAAACCUGGGGAACUCGUGCUACCUCAAUAGCGUUCUCCAGUGCCUCACCUACACUCCCCCUCUCGCCAAUUUCUGCCUCCGUUUUCAACACUCCUCUCUCUGUGAUUCUUCUGCUUCAUCUUGCCCCUUCUGCAUACUGGAGAAGCAAAUUGCGCGCUCCCUCCGUGUCGAUCUCCCUCACGACGCUCCUUCCAAGAUCCAGAGCUGCCUCCGAAUCUUCGCCGAGCACUUCCGCUGCGGUCGCCAGGAGGACGCGCACGAGUUCCUCCGUUACGUCAUCGACGCCUGCCACAACACCUGCCUCCGCCUCAAGAAGCUCCGCCGGAAAGAUACUGCCAUCGGCACCUCUGCCUCUGGUGCUGCCGGUGGCAGUACCGUGGUGAAGGAGAUUUUCGGUGGAGCCUUGCAGAGUCAGGUGAAGUGUCUGUGUUGUGGAUAUGAGUCCAAUAAGGUUGAUGAGAUAAUGGAUAUUAGUCUUGACGUUUUCCAUAGUAACUCGCUUAGAGACUCCAUGCAAAAGUUUUUUCAGCCUGAGGUUUUAGAUGGCAACAAUAAGUACAAGUGUGAUAAUUGUAAGAAAUUGGUGCCGGCUAAGAAGCAGAUGUCCAUACUCCAAGCACCUAAUGUACUUGUUAUACAACUCAAGAGAUUUGAGGGCAUAUUGGGUGUCAAGAUUGAUAAGGCUGUUGCAUUUGAAGAGGUUUUGGUGCUCUCUAGCUUCAUGGCCAAAGCAAGCCAGGAUCCACAACCAGAAUAUAAGCUCUUUGGUACUAUUGUGCAUUCAGGCUACUCCCCCGAAUCUGGUCACUAUUAUUCUUAUAUAAAGGAUGCAAUGGGCAGGUGGUAUUGCUGUGAUGAUUCUUGUGUGACAGUUGCAACCUUGCAAGAAGUUUUGUCAGAAAAGGUUUAUAUUCUUUUUUUCUCUCGAACUAACCAAAGGCCAGUUCCAAAUGGUAAUUCUCGUGCUUCAAAUGGUGUAAAGCCUCAUCAUUCCAAUGGGAGUGAGGCAUCUGAAUGCCCAAAGGUUGAUGUACCCCCGAAAACAGUGCAUGCAAAAUCAAAUUCUGAGCAAUCUGCUUGGAAGGAUAUGCCGUGUGUAUCUAAGAUUGGUAAAGUGCCUUCGAGUUCACGAGUGAAGUUUGAUAUUAAUGGAAGUUCUACUUCCAAAAGAAUUCCUGCUCCUGCAAGUGUCAAUGGGAAAGUUGAUAUUUCUAAGAAUCAGUCCUUAGCAAUAAAUGGGUAUGUUAAAGACUCAGUUUCUUUGGAAAAUGGUAAGAAAGAACCUUCAUCAUUACCCACUGAGAAUGGCUUUCACAAAACUAAAGUUGCCGUUGCUGACAACUCAAAAAGAAAGGAGUCAUCGUUAACAAAUGGAUACUCUGAUAUUCAGACAGUUGAUAUGCAUUCUGUGAAAUCAGAUCCUCCGGAAGAUACUGAUAGAAGCAGGGUAAUAACAGGUAGAGGGCCUGACAACUUUAAGCAAGAAAGCAAUGGCAUCAACAGCCAACCUAAAUUAUUGGGAAAUAAGAGAAAGAUACGGGAGGUUCCAUGCAUUUUGCUUGCCCAAGAUGGUCAGUCUCGAGCAAGAGUUCAAGAAAUGAAGGACGAUCUUGGGAAAGAAGCAAAGUCAACUUUGAAGUCGUGUGGCUGGACAGAUAUGGUCUAUGACUUCAUGCGUUCUAGAAAGAGGUUACGUGCUCAAGAAGCUGGAAAUUUAGCAAGUGGAGAUCAAACAAGGAAGUUGUUAAUAGGAGAUGCCAAGGAAGCUUUCAUAUCACAGAUUCCCGAAUCAUUGAGAAAGGAUCUGAUUGAACGUCUCCGAACAUUUAGCCAAGAAAAAGUACAAUUUGAAGGACCUUGAUCAGAAUAUGCUGGUUGAUCUGUCUUGCUAGUGAGGCUUGGUGUGUAUACUCUGUAUUACUAACUAUUGUAGAGAUGGUGGUACCCGUACUGGAAUGCUCAGUUUGGGUUUGUUACCAACUGACUCUUUGAGCUAGUGCUGGCAAUAGCAGUAGGAGAAUGUGGAGACUGUUAUCUUUCAAGCCCUCCCAACAGUGGCUUUGUUUUGCUUCUACUUGCUUCAUGCAUAUUUGAUAUGGAAGUUCAGAUUUCAUGUCUUGGCAUAAGUUUUCUUUCUCCAUGGAGGCUAUACAGUUCUAUUGAAUCUUGCGGUGAGCGUGUCAGGAAUUCUAUUCAUUUUGUACAAUAUCUCUUUAGUCAUGUAUUGGAGCAAAAUCUUCCUUUUUAUAUAAAAUUGCUCAACAAAUUUUGAAUCGAAGAUGAGGCUGUCGGCUGUGUAUGGCUUAUGGAUACAUGCUCUCAACAAUAUCACUGCUCUUUCCGGUAUAAAUUAAGAAAUUCAUUCACUAAAUGCUUCUAGCGCUUGAAAGAGAGCAAGAACACCAAUUUUGAAGAGUAUAUGAUUUAAUUAUGAUAGACACAUCAGCACCUACAUAACGUAGUAUUGUAUUUGUCAUAGUUUUCGAGAUAGAAAAAUGAAAAAUUCUUUACUGUCGACAGAAGUUGCAAAUAUGUUCGUAGACAAAAUGACAUUUGGUUCCAGUUCUUAAAAUACGUCAAAUAUUUUCAUUGCACUUUUUUACUUAUAAAAUAUGACUUUCAUUUGCGGAGUUUUUGUC